AUGCAUCAAAUAGCCGUAAACUUCCCGUACUCCUCCCGUUGCUCUAAAGUUCACUGUCAAUACGCGGCACGCCGACUCAACCGUAGCGGCAGUUCAGUCGAACCUCAAUCACUAGACAUUGAGAGCUUCCGUGGUUUUGAGAGCUAUGAAAGAGCUUCAUUUAAUAACCUCUGUUGCAAUCAGCCUGAAGCCGCUAACCCUCCUUCAAGUUAUCCGUCACAUGCAAAGACAAGCUACGACAUAGAUAUGGCAGCUUUGGGUUGCUUCUCAAGCGAUCUCAAGGAGACGAAUGAGACUCAUUCUAGACUCAACCCUGCCGUGAUGCACCUUCCUGUGGAGAUCCUGGCGUAUAUAUUCGUGCUGAGCUCUUCAUUGCCUGUCCGCCCCCUUCCUCGUGGUAUAGCCCCGUACUUUCAUCGAGAAGAAGGAUUAUACACAAACGAACGGGGCUACUCGGCUCUAGUACAAGUUUGCCGCAGGUGGAGGGAUGUAGCGCUGCAUACCCCGAGACUGUGGAACAUGAUCAAAAUCACCUUGGACGCUCAAGAGACGCCGUCUGGAUCAAUGUCUAUAACAGCGAUCCCGACACCUCUGACACCACUCAAAAGGGCAGGAAAUCAACCCACGUUUAUCUUCCUUGAUCUCUCGUGGCUUUCGCUACAUGCCGAGAUGGAAGAUGGCCAUCUACCCGUGAACCCGGCGUGUGGCGCGGUAAGGGGCGUUCAAGCUCUAGCGGCAUACUUCACCCAUCUUCCGACGUUGCUCCAGUGGAUUAGUCAGUUCGAGAACCUGACGCACCUCUUCCUCGAACAUGUCACAGUCGGCAACCCAGAGUACUGGAACGAUGCUGGCAUCGCCUCGCAGUUCCAUCGUCUAACCCACUUGCAUAUGCGCAUAGGCAGUCCCCGGGAUGUGGUGCAUGUCAUGGGGCUUCAUGCAUGGCACAAUCUGCUCUCGCUCACAAUCGAGCCCUGCGUUGGGAGAGAUCGCAACUUCCAAUACCUUGCGAAUAUCUUUGCCCACGUUCCCAACCUCAUACAGCUGUGGAUUGUGGGCGAAGAUGUCAAUGACGUCUGGGAGACUGCUCGGAUCGCCUCCGAUAAAUUGCAGCUAUUUGCGCUUAUUGCAACGUCGCACUUGUUGACGACAGAACCCCGAUCCAAGUUGAUUAGGCUCAUUCUCGACGAUUGUACUUUCCCUGCUCUCGCCAACCUCGUUGUCACCCGCCCUCCAGACGGCGACAUCGAUUUCAUACGGCGUUUCCUGAUUCGCUCGAGAUGUCGCCUAUCCAGCCUCACGUUCACCGAAGCGUCCGACAACAGCACCAGCAACGUCGAUUCAAGCUCAAAUCGUCGGGGUCCAUUAACAGCCAAGGCAUUGCUCAGAGAAAGGCGUCCAUGGCGGAUAAACGUCUAUUUGAUAGUGGUAACGCUAGAAGGUGUUGACAGUGACGAGGGAGAGGCUUCAAGCUUCAAGUUUCAAGAGGAAGCCAUCGGUGAUGAUCGUGUGGUGCUUGCGGUCCGCUACUCUCACGAGUUCCAGCCUGAGGAGAAUGCUGAGGGGAAGAUCGGCUAG